AUGAAUUAUGCCGAGUUUGCUAGACAUUUUUGUAAGAAGAGUGCGGCUGAUGGAGGUCGUAGUACAGAAGCACCGCUGCGCUCAGACGAACUGGUCGACGCACAGCAUGGGCUUGUCAUCCAGGCCAGAGUGCGCCCAGUCCUGAGGGCGCGGCAUCAGGCCGCACAGCGCGCACGUAGUGCAGUAGCAGCGCUGCUCUCAGACGAACUGGUCGUCGCGCAGCAUGGGCUCGUCGUCCAGUCCGACGCGCGUCCCGGCCCGCAGGCGUGGCGGCAGCAGGCCGCACAGCGCGCACGUAGUGCAGUUGCAGCGUUGCGUUCAGACGAACUGGUCGUCGUGCAGCAUGGGCUCGUCGUCCAGGUCGACGCGCGUCCAGGCCCGCAGGCGUGGCGGCAGCAGGCCGCACAGCGCGCACGUAGUGCAGUAGCAGCGCUGCGCUCAGACGAACUGGUCGUCGCGCAGCAUGGGCUCGUCGUCCAGGUCGACGCGCGUCCAGGCCCGCAGGCGUGGCGGCAGCAGGCCGCACAGCGCGCACGUAGUGCAGUAGUAGAUCUGCGCUCAGACGAACUGGUCGUCGCGCAGCAUGGGCUCGUCGUCCAGUCCGACGCGCGUCCAGGCCCGCAGGCGUGGCGGCAGCAGGCCGCACAGCGCGCAUAUAGUGCAGUUGCAGCGUUGCGCUCAGACGAACUAGUCGUCGCGCAGCAUGGGCUCGUCGUCCAGUCCGACGCGCAUCCAGGCCCACGGGGGUGGCUGCAGCAGGCCGCACAGCGUGCAUAUAGUGCAGUUGCAGCGCUGCGCUCAGACGAACUGGUCGUCGCGCAGCAUGGGCUCGUCGUCCAGCCCGACGCGCGUCCAGACCCGCGGGGGCGGCGUCAGCAGGCCGCACAGCGCGCACGUAGUGCAGUAGCAGCGCUGCGUUCAGACGAACUGGUCGUCGUGCAGCAUGGGCUCGUCGUCCAGGCCCGCAGGGGCGGCGUCAGCAGGCCGCACCGCGCGCACAUAGUGCAGUAG